GGCGGCAGUGGUAUUGGACGAGCCAUUUGCGACGGACUUGCUCAACACGGCGCUAAACUGAUUGUUGUCGAUAAGUUCCCUAAAAAAGCCGAAGAAGUGUGUAAAUCACUACCAGCUCAUGAUGGAGCAAAACAUAUGGCAUUUGGAUGUGAUGUUGCAAGUGGUAAAGAAGUGAAAUUACUGGCUGAUUUUGCAAUGAAGCAAUACAAUAGUGUGCCAGAUAUAGUUGUGAAUUGCGCUGGUAUAAUUCGCGAUGCACCUCUGCUCGACAUGACUGAACAGCAAUUCGAUGAAGUUGUUGCUGUGAAUCUCAAAGGAGUGUAUUUGGUUACUCAAGCUUUUGCACGACUUGCGUUCCAGCGCAAAAUCGCUCAAUCAAUCAUCAAUAUUUCUUCAAUUCUUGGUAAAAUGGGUGCAGCUGAACGAGCAAACUACGCCUCGACAAAGUCAGCAGUAAUCGGUUUCACAAAAUCAGCAGCAUCUGCAUGGGCCAGAGAUGGAAUUCGAGUGAAUGCGGUUCUACCGGGUUAUGUUGGCACACCACUUACCGAUGCGAUUGAAGCUAAGUUACUCAAAGCUGCAUGCGACAGGAUUCCAAUGGGUCGUAUGGGUUUACCGGAGGAAAUAGCUAAUGCAGUAGUGUUUCUGGCAUCUGAUUGGUCAACGUAUGUGACUGGUACGGCAGUGGAAGUUACUGGUGGUCUUGGGAUGUAG